AUGGCCACUCAAGGAGGAAAAAGCUCAAAAAUGAAGUUCUGGCCUCUCUGUAAAGUAGAAGGUUGGAGAAUCAGAAAUUCAUUCAAGAUUCGCAAGAAUAAAGUAACAAAACUAGCACUGGAGAACACCGAGCCGUCUCCACAGGAAGAUAACUUGAUUUCGGAACCAACUGUCGCUUCCUUGUCUCCUUUUUUCAACUAUCAUCCUGAAGACAGUGUAUCAUUAGACGGUCAAACUAGGAGAGAACUGCAGGAACAUUUCAUUUCUUGUCAAGGGAUAGUAUUGACAGCAGCUGCCAAAGAACUGACGGACGAAGAGUGGUGUUUGUUAUACGAAGACAUUUUCAAGCCUCUCGACUUUAAUUCCAUUUUAAACCAACGGAGUAAAUCGCUCCCUUCAGGGACCUGUGAUAAUUUUUGGUAGUUUUUGUGUGUGUUAAACGGAGUGAAAUAGCUCUUCCCGCAGAUAUCUUGUUCAUACUGAGGUUUUUCUUUUUAUGAUGAAAUAACUGACCAGGUUGAUUGUGACUUGAAAAGCUGAAUAGACUGAACAUAUAAGUAUAUUAUGCAAUACUAACUAAAAUGGAAUAUGCAAUCUUUUGUUGUGCAAUCCAUGAAUGUUCAGGAUCGAUGUGAAAAAAGAAUCGACUGUCUCCUUGCUACAGAAGACGAUGGAGAAUAAUCAAUCCGUUAGUUUCGCAGGAAUCAACUCCCCCUUAUAGUAACUCAGCUUUCCUUAACGACGAAUUAUGUUAUGUGGUGACUCAACGAUGUUAUGUAAUAAAUGUACGUAUAUUCUGUUGAAACUUAAUGUACGAUCUCCACUUUUAACCGUUAUUUACUUAAGGUCCAGACGAUUAUUGUCGAGUCCAACAACGGUUAUCAAGAUACAUGACAUACCCACCCACGAUUUCCUCUGAUUAUACUGACUCAAAAAGUGUUCCAAGUUUUCCUCAAACUGUCUUGCACAGGUGUGGUGUAAAAAAAUUGUCUCGACACCAGACGGUGAGUUUACUCAACAUAAAAUUAGGAGAGGUGGCCAAAACGUCGGGGGUGGAAGUUUCAGUUGACUCCAUUAACUUACCAGGAGCACUGAGUAAUGAAAUACCAAGGUAGUUGCGUUUAUCAGUCUCCUCGUCUUCUUUUUACAUAGGUAUAAUAUCAGCUGUUUUCCAUAUGGUGGGAACAACCUUGCGGUUAGCGCUUUUAACGGAGACAGCAACGGAGGAAUUAUAACUGUAUUGGCCGGCUUCUACAGUUUGGAAUAGAACGUUUAUCACAAGAUGAAUGUAUAGAAUGUAAAAAAAAACCUAAAAAACCAAAAAAACAAAACAAAAAAACAACAAGAAAACAACAAAAAAACAAAAAUGAGCGAUAUCCGUUCUCAACUGUUAUUUACCCUUCUACCCUUUAGUUCCCAGAGGUGAUUAACAUGUGACUUCUCCCUAUAAUAUUCAUACAUUAUCCAGCAAACAGGUGAUGAGAAAACUGAGACUUAUCAGGUAGAAGUUGUUAUCAUGAUCUAACACCAAAUUCUUGGUAACUAAUUUACACGAAAAUGAUUAGCAGCUAAAGGGGAGAAUUAACAGUUAUUUAUCUUAAGUAAUGGAUACAAGAAUUUUCAAAAAAGUUAUUUGGGUCUAGAAUGACAUAAAGAAAAAACUCAAAGUCUGUGAUGUUGUCAAAAACAAUCCAUCAGUGGCUAAUUACUCAACUAAUUAGAUCCAAUUCUUGUGGGGUUUGUUGAAUUUUUUUGUUUGUCAUAGUGACAAAAAUAAUAUUUGUAUCAUUAUUAUUUAUACAGUAUUAUACAUACAGCUAACAGACAAGCUGAUGUUUUGAGUUUUUUAUUGAGUUGCACUUAGACAUUCUACACGAUUACCGAAGGACCGAAGCACGACUCCAAAUACUACUGAAGAUUUCGGUUUCCUGGAAUCAAACAUGGCCACUCAAAAAGGAAGGAGCUCAAAAAUAACUCUUCCCGCAAAUCUCUUGUGCAUCCUCAUUAAGGUUUUUCUUUUUAUGAUGAAAUAACUGACCAGGUUGAUUGUGACUUGAAAAACGCAAUACACUGAACAUAAAAGUAUGUUAUGCAAUACUAACUAAAAAGGAAUGUAUAAUGUUUUGUUGUGUUAUCCAUGAAUGUUCAGGAACGAUGUGAAAAAAAGAAUAGACUGUCUCCUUACUACAGAAGAUAAUGGAGAAUAAUCAAUCUGUUAGUUUUGCAGGAAUCAACUCCCCUUUACAGUAACUGAGCUUUCCUUGAAAACGAGUUAUGUUAUGUGAUGACUCACUGAUGUUAUGUAAUAAAUGAAGGUAUGUUCUGUGAAAACGAAAUGUGAUGUCAACUUUUAACCGUUAUUUACCGUGAGACGAUUAUUGUUGAGUCCAACAACGGUUAUCAUGAUACAUGACAAACCCACCCACGAUUUCCUCCGAUGAAACUGACGCACAAAGUGUUCCAAGUUUUCCCUAAACUGUCUUGCACAGGUGUGGUAUGAAAAAAUUGUGUCGACACCAAUCGGUGAGUUUACUCAUAAACAAUCAGAGAGGAGGCCACAGUGUCAGGGUUGGAAGUUUCAGUUGACUCCAUUAAUUUACCAGGAACACUGAGUAAUGAAAUACCGCGGUAAUUGAGUUUAUCGAUCUCUUCGUCUUCUUUGUACAUGGGUAUGACAUCAGCUGUUUUCCAUUUGGUGGGAACAACCUUGCGGUUAGCGCUUUAAACGGAGUUAGGAAAGAAGGGAAUAUAGCUGUUUUGGCCGGCUUCGAAAGUUUGGACUAAAACGUUUAUCACAAAAUGAAUGUAUAGAAUGUUAUAGAAUCGACAUCCUCUGCAAGUAACUAAACUCUCUUUAUAAUAUAAAGACUCAAGCGUUGUUAUGUAAUAAAUGAAUAAAUGUUAUAUAAGAACUAGAUGAGUGAUAUCCGUUCUCAACUGUUAUUUACCCUUCUACCCUUUAGUUCCCAGAGGUGAUUAACAUGUGACUUCUCCCUAUAAUAUCCAAACAUUAUCCAGCAAACAGGUGAUGAGAAAACUGAGACUUAUCAGGUAGAAGUUGUUAUCAUGAUCUAACACCAAAUUCUUUGUAACUAAUUUACACGAAAACGUUUGGCAGCUAGAAAGCAAAAUUAACAGUUAUAUCUCGUAAGUAAUGGAUACACGAAUUUUGAAAACGUUAUUAGUGUCUAGAAUGGCACAAAGAAAACUUAGGUCCAUGACAUUGCCAAAAACAAUCCAUCAGUGGCUAAUUACUCAACUAAUUAGAACCAAUUCUUGUGGGUUUUUUUAAAUUUUUGUUUGUCAUAGUGAUAACAAUAAUAUUUGUAGAAUCAUUACAUAUAUAGUAUUAUAUAAACAGCUAACGGACAAGCUGAUGUUUUUGAGUUUGUCAUUGAUUUGUACUAAUACAUUCUAAAGAACUACCGAAGGACCGAAGAACGACUCUAAAUUCUACUGAAGAUUUCAGUUUCCUGGAAUCAAACAUGGCCACUCAAGAAAGAAAAAGUUCAAAAAUGAAGUUCUGGCCUCUCUGUAAAGUAAAAGGUUGGAGAAUCAGAAAUUCAUUCAAGAUUCGCAAGAAUAAAGUAACAAAACUAGCACUGGAGAACACCGAGCCGUCUCCACAGGAAGAUAACUUGAUUUCGGAACCAACUGUCGCUUCCUUGUCUCCUUUUUUCAACUAUCAUCCUGAAAAGAGCGUAUCGCUAGACGGUCGAACUAAGAGAGAGCUGCAGGAACAUUUCAUUUAUUGUCAAGGGAUAGUAUUGACGACAGCUGCUAAAGAACUGACGGACGAAAAGUGGUGUUUGUUAUUCGAAGACAUUUUCAAGCCUCUCGACUUUUAUUACAUUUUAAACCAACGGAGUAAAUCGCUCCCUUCAGGGACCUGUGAUAAUUUUUGGUAGUUUUUUUGUGUGUUGAAAUAAUUGACACACUUGGUUUUGAUUUGGUUAACUGAAUACUGUUAUCAUAGAAAUGACAAAAUAAUGCUAGGGGCACUUUGAUAAUGCAACAUGCGUAAGUAUAUUGUUUGAACUAUUAGAGGGAUAAAUCGUUCUACAGUGAAUGUUGCACAGGUACCACACCCUUCAGAGGUCAUAUUGUUGACAGUUUACAGUAAGCGGUGUAAUUUCUGUCAAAUAAAAUUUUUUGUGGAAGCUUAAAGUCAAUAGUUCGUCGGAGCAAGUGUUAGUUUCGCCAGAUAAUCGACUGUUUGGGCAAGUCCGUGAAUUUAUGCAAUUUACGGGUCUCAACACUAGAGACGCAAAGGUUCUCGCUUGA